CAUGGCGCGAUAAUGGAGUUAUAAAAGCAGUUGUGGGUUGGUUUGGAUGUAGUUUUUGGUAAAGCUCAAAUAGACUUGUCAAUAUAGAUCACAGUCGAACACUAUGAGUAAUGUUUAGCAUUUAUAAGCGACUGUAGUGUCUCUCAAUUAAAAGAGUGGAUGACUGUCUUACAGUGCUGUGGACCAGCUGUCUGUCUCUGUUGAUUUGGGAAAAUGCCUCAUCUUAAGCUCAGAGGAGUCACAUUGGAUUUUCCCUUCACUCCAUACCCAUGCCAGGAGGACUACAUGAGCAAAGUCAUCGAGUGCCUGCAGAAUAAAGUAAAUGGUGUUCUAGAGAGUCCCACUGGCACUGGUAAAACCCUCUGUCUGCUGUGUGCUACACUCGGAUGGAGAGAGUAUUUCAAAGAUACAAUCUCUGCCCGCAAGAUUGCAGAGAGAAUGGGAGGCACUGAGCUGUUCCAAGACAGACCGCUGUCAUCAUGGGGGACAGCAGCAACUGAUGGGGACACACCAACAUACUAUACAGACAUCCCCAAGAUUAUAUAUGCAUCCAGGACCCAUUCCCAGCUAACACAGGUCAUAACUGAGCUGAAGAACACAUCAUACAGGCCAAAGGUUUGUGUUUUGGGAUCUAGAGAACAGCUCUGCAUAAACCAGGAGGUGAUGAGACAUGAAAGCAACCACAUUAAGGUUCAUAUGUGCAGAGCAAAAGUGUCAACCCGCUCCUGUGUCUUCUACAACAAUGUUGAUGAGAAAAGCACUGACAAGGAAAUCAUGAAUUCUAUCCUGGAUGUGGAGGAUCUAGUGAAAACUGGCAAAAAGCAAAGAGUUUGUCCAUACUACCUGUCAAGGUCAAUCAAGCAACACGCUGACAUCAUCUUCAUGCCCUACAACUAUCUGCUUGACCCAAAGAGUCGAAGAGCACACAAUAUAGAGCUGAAAGGAGCUGUGGUGAUUUUUGAUGAGGCUCAUAAUGUUGAGAAAAUGUGUGAAGAAUCAACCUCGUUUGAUCUCACCCCAUAUGACAUUAUAUCUGCCAUUGAGGCUGUGGAUCGAUUGCUGCGGGAACAGGCCUCAGACAUCAGCAAAGCAGAGUCUGCAGAGGAUUUUAAUGUGGAGUCACUAAACUCAGGAUUGAAGCUGGACAUUACUACAAUUGCUAAAAUAAAACAAAUUUUGAUGGAUCUGGAAUCUGCCAUUAACGGUUUUGAGAUGCCUGCAAAUAAUCAAGGAAUCACUAAACCUGGCAGCUUCAUAUAUGAGCUUUUUCAAAAGGCUCAUUUGAAUUUUGACACCAAGACAGCUACAGUGGAAGCCAUGGAGCAGAUCACAGGAUAUUUAGCAGGAAAGCCUGGUGUCUUCCUCAAUACCAGUGGACUACAGAAAGUGGCAGAUAUCAUUCAGUUGGUGUUUGGGGCAGAACCUACAGAGGACAGCAAGAAAUCAGAGAUGGGCAACAGCAUGAAGGAGUUUAAGGUCCACAUUCAUCCAGACACCAGUAACUUCAAGAAAAAACAGAAUACUGAUGUAUGGGCUUCCUCCUCUUCCAAUAAACAAGGGAAUGUGCUGAGCUACUGGUGUUUUUCUCCGGGGUUCAGCAUGCAGGAUUUGCUCAGACAGGGAGUACGCAGCAUUAUUCUGACCAGUGGAACCCUUUCACCUCUCUCAUCCUUCACUUAUGAAAUGCAAAUUCCUUUCCCUAUAUCCUUGGAGAAUCCUCACGUCAUCCAGCGUGAUCAGAUUUUUGUCAGCAUCAUUGAUAAAGGCCCAGAUGGGGUGCAGUUGAGCACAGCCUUUGAUAGGAGGUUUGUUCCUGAAAACAUGUCAUCAAUAGGAAACACUGUUGUCAAUCUCACAAAGGUAGUGCCUCAUGGGCUGCUGGUGUUCUUCCCUUCAUAUCCAGUAAUGGACAAGACUCUGGAGUUCUGGAGGGCUAAUGGACAUGCAGACCGCAUUGAACACGUGAAGCCUAUGUUUAUAGAACCCAGGGGUAAAAGCACUUUUACAGAGGUGAUUGAUGGUUACUAUGACAAGGUGAAUGACCCAAAAUCCAGUGGAGGCAGCUUCUUCGCUGUAUGUAGAGGAAAGGCGAGUGAAGGACUGGAUUUUGCAGACACAUACGGUCGAGGAGUUGUGAUUACAGGCCUUCCAUUCCCCCCCAGGAUGGACCCCAGAGUGGUGCUUAAAAUGCAGUAUCUGGACGAGAUGUGCAAAAAUAAAACCAGUGGAGUAAAGUAUCUGUCCGGGCAGGAGUGGUACAGACAGCAGGCCUCUCGAGCUGUGAAUCAAGCCAUCGGCAGAGUGAUUCGCCACAGAGAAGACUACGGAGCCAUCUUCCUCUGUGACCACAGGUUCAAAGGCACUGAAGCCCGUAAACAGCUUCCUUCAUGGGUGAGACCGUAUGUUAAGAUUUACGACAGCUUUGGUGCCAUGGUCCGCGAUGUGGCUCAUUUCUUUCGGACGGCACAGAAAGCUAGACCAGUUCCUGUGAAGAAAGGAAGAGCAGUGGGGAGUGAGAAUCAGGCCUCGCUCAGCACUGGCUCCAGCUUUCCUGCUAAGACACACUGGCUCAGUGACACCUCACAAAAGGCCAAAGCUCUAGACUCGCAUGUCCCCAGCCUAAAGAGGAGAAAAUUGGAGUUAGAUGAGCAUUCUGGACGGGACGGGGCAGCAAAACUAUGCAUUCAAUAUGAGAUGGAGAUGACAAGUAAAAGGAAACCCAUCAGCCUGCUGGAUGCCCUGGAUGACAGCACCAACAAAGAGACGGAAGACACCAUGGUGGGGGAAGAAAGGGCGAGUCGCUUGUCCACUCUUUCUCUCCAGUAUGACAAACGUCUGGAUGAUGAAUCGAGGGGUGGGAAACGGAAAAUUAAAGUGGUUCAUGAUCGGAAAGAGGUGGCUUCCUGUUCUGCUAAGACCAGCCAGACCUUCAUGAUAGAGCUGAGAAGAUGCCUGAGUCAUGAGAACUUCAAAAUCAUCAUGGAAGCUCUGCAGGCAUACAAGGCAACCGAUGACCUCAGUGGCCUUCUCACUAAUGUUAUUGAACCCCUCAUACAAGACCCCAACACUCACAGCCUACUUAGAGGUCUUUACCAGUUCAUCCGGCCACAUCAUAAGAAAAAGUUUGAUGAACGUUGCUGGCACCUAACGGGUGAAGGCUGUGGAUAUAAACCUGAGCACUCAUUGUCCAGGGAGGAGAGAGGGGCUCUUAGGCAAAACACAGCAAAAGCUGAGACUUCACUUGCAAGCUCAGCCAGUGAGCAGCUGGAUUUAAGUCAACAGCUGAACCAAGGUGGUUCUCACCUGGAAACCGUAGAGCUGAAUGGAGGGCAAGGUAAAAUUGGAGUGAAUGUGAAACGUGAAGACCAGAAGCCACAAGCAUCCAUUAAAGACAGUCUGUCCUGCUCGUCUCUGCUGUCAGAUAUAAGACAGGCAAUCGGUGCAGAGAAAACUCGACAAAUGUUUCUAGCUUUGCAGGCAUACAAGGCUACAAACAAUUAUGAACAGAUGGUGUCAACUGUUGUGAGUUUAUUGACUGAGAGAGAUGAAGACAUCAAUUUACUAGCACGGUUAGCUGUGCUUAUACGACCUCAGCACAGGAAACAGUUUGGUGAGCUGUUAAAGUCGUUGACCGGAAAUGAUUCGGUUGCAUAUCAAGAUUUAGACGUGUCAUCAAGUCAGCCAAAUCAAGCUUCUCAGUUAUCUGCAGGAAAGACUCAAAGCAAGAUAUCAUUCUUCUUCUCUUGAAUGUUGCUGAGUUUCAUUCAUUCUGACCUGUCUGCUGUAAUGAGGUCUCUGAGAUAUUGAAUCAGUAUCUCUUAUUUUAUUUUUUUUACUUUGGGUAUACAUGAGAUUUAUUCAGUAAUCUGUUCAAAGAAAAAUGUCCUUCUACUGACAUAUAAUUGUAAGUUAUAUAUAAAAUUUCAUAUUUUUCAAUACUGUAAAACAAUUAUUUUA